AGGUCCGCCCCUUGAUCCGCAGUGAUUAUGGCGCCGUCCUACCCUUCCGACUGGGAUGAUGACGAGCGGAUGUCAUUUUUAUUCUCUGCCUUCAGAGCGACGCGAGAUGUGGACAGCGCGGACUGGGACAGUAAAAUGACAUUCUGGAUCCCCCUGAUUUUGCAGCACGCCAAGUCUCAAGGAUCUGUCAGUGUCACGCUGCACCAGCUGCAGUCACACUUCAUCCGCAAGGGCAGCACGCCGUUGGGUUUGGCGGUGGUGAUCCAAGAGAUGCUCAGACGCGGUUGCCUGCACCAAGAAUCAGAUUUUGUGUCUGGAGUCUCCAGCGGUUGGAUCUCAUGGGGCAUGAGGCAAGUGGUCAUCAAACCUCUACAGUGGACCUUGGGCACCAUCCUAGGUGGGAAGAUGAAUCCAGAUGAGCCAUUUGUGAUUCCCGAUGCCUUGAAGGAACGGGCAGAGCUUCUGUUGCGGAUAUUCCAGUCCUCUCCAUUGAGUUCUACCUCCUUGCUGCUGGAAGAUGAAGUAUACACGCUCUGCAAGGAUCACUUUCCGGACAGAUCUGCCUUCAAUCUGAUUUUAUUACAACUGCAGCGAGAUAAGAAGAUCUGUGUCUUGCAGAGGCACGGGGAGAAGUUUGUGAAGUUUGUCCGUGGCGGCAGGACUCAGGUGACCCCAAUUGGAGAAUCUGAUUUUGGAAUUUAUGAAUUACAUAAAAGUCAGAAGCUGCUAUCGGAGAGGGUGCAGAGGGCGAGUGACGAGUCUGAUCGGCUGAAGGAAGAGGCAAUAAGCUUUAAGAGAGCUGGAAAUAAGCAGCAGGCUGUGCGAUGUAUGAGACGCAGGAAGUUGUCAGAACGACGGCUGUCAGAGGUACAGAAUAAGCUGGACACUGUGCAGAGCAUCCUGGAGAGAAUAUCAAUGGCAGAAACUGACCGCAUGGUGAUCUCUGCGUACCAGAUGGGGGUGACGGCGCUGCGCACUACACUGAAGGACGUCAGUCUGGAGAAGACGGAAUGCUUAGUGGAUCAGAUUCAGGAGUUCUGCGACCUUCAGGAUGAUGUUAGCCAGACCUUGGCUGGAGCUGUGCCCGGGGAUAUUGAUGUGGACGCAGAUGAACUGGAGAGAGAGUUGAAUGAGAUUCUCCAGGAAAAUGACACGGACCUUCCCGACGUCCCUACUGGACCGCUGACCUCCCCACAAAGACUCCCUGCUGUGCACAAUAGUGGAGCUUUUGACAUGGGUGACAUGGUAAUAAAUCUUCCAGAUGUUCCCAGGGUUCCCGGCGCUGUUCCCAGGGUUCCCGGCGCUGUCUCCCCAGAUCGAAACAGUGCUUUUGAGACAAGUCGGAUGGCAGUAGAUGUUUCCGGAGCUCCUACUAAUCUAUACACUUCUCCCAGGACUUCCAGCACUGUUCCCAGGGUUCCAGUCACCUUCUCCCCUGAGAAAGCCCGAGUAUUCGAUAUCCUGCAGCCUCUUAGCAGCCACUUCCUGUCUAAAUGCAUUGGCUGCACAUCGUUUCUUAAGGUGGCUUUCCUGAUGAUGACAAAAGCAGAACAUGUCUGUGUAAUGAGCAUCCACACCGCUGCUUAUUGUCACUUGAAGAGCAGAUGUGGAUUUAGCAUUGCAUUACCAUGCUGCGACCACGUGCCAAGCCAUUGCUAUGCGUUUGUGGCAGGCAAGUAUGUCAACGUGCGUGACUUUAUCAAGGUCCUAUGGACGAAACGCAUCGGGGACGAGCACGCACGUUGGCACGCAGAAUUUGCUACUGAUUCAAAAGACUUCAACGGAUGGUGUCGUAUCACUCUAAAAGGGUCGAGGGAUUGA